AAAUGCUCUCCAAUCAAACGAGGGUGUGGUGUCACCCCGGAAAACGUGGCACUAUCAUCUGCAAAAUCUUCAUAGACAAUCAGCAUUCGGAGAGUACCACGAAACGAGAGACCGGACCAAAAUGGAAGAUAUCCAAACAGAUUUGUCUUCUCUGAAAACGACUGGAUUGAAGGACAAUCCAAACGGAAACAAAUCGAAACUUACGGGUUGACAUCGACCAGAGCAACAUCAGCUGUGGUCUUUCAACUGCUCAGAGGAAAGCCUUUUCCUUGAUGAUGGCGUAUGGAACGUUGUACUUUCAACAUUGGACUGGAAGGUGGAGCACGAUCUCAAGUGGGUUGACGUCAUGAGCGAUGAGAACCAAUUGAGCUCGGAGAGUCUCGACGAGGCUAGUGAUGGCGUUGACUCUACUGCGACGCUAAAGACGAAUAUACUUUGGCCAUUUGACGAAGCGGAUAACGUUCAUCUGAAUGUCCACCAGCAAACUUGAUUCUUCCUCGGACAAUCGUAGCGAGUGGAUUGACCAAUUCCACUGCAACUUUUUCCUCACGAGGGACGAGGAAAAGUGGUUUCUAGGCCAUGGCCGAGGGGCCGACAAGUUUCAGCGGCCAUUUAUCUUGCUUUGUUUUCCGCCACUCUUUCUUGGUCUAGUUUCAAGCGAAGCUUACAACGGAUCAUUCGGAACAACUCCGUUCAAUUUCAAACCAUAUGGUGUGCAGGACGUUCACAUUGAUUUUUGCGGUCAAACAGUUCCAGGACGACCAAUGAAUCUAGACUUUGAAAAUAACAAAUUCGUGGAGGCCUACGUACAACUUCAGGAAACACUUGGUCACACUAGAAACAACUUUAGCUGCAAUUCGAUCGACAUUGGAAUGCUUAGAUCUAAAGGAUAUACGAUUUUUGGAUUCGAGUUGAGCCCUGUGGCUCAAGAUAAUUCUCUCUUUGAACUAGUUCGGCAGACAAACGUUUGCGUUCGUCUAAACUUUAAGACCGAGACCCCUGUGGGUGGCCUCUAUUGUGUCGUCUACGCCGAAUUCGAUCAAAUAUUUGCCCUAGACUUUAUGCGUAACUCUAUUAUUGAUAGUAUUGUUUAAAUUUUCAAACUGUUAUUGAUAUUAUUGUAUAAUUUUGUAAAAAUUGUUAUUGAUGAUGAUAUUUAUUCGAAUAAACUUAAUUAAAAAAUGA